GCGUUAGUAAAAGAAGAUCCUGGAGGACAAGGUACUUCUAGAGGAUCCUGAAGAGAGAAGUGUCCAGUAUUUUAGCCAAAGUGUCGCAAUCGUUUUAUCAACUAGAUCAAAAAAAAUAUCCUCUAGAGGAGAGAGUCUAGCCAGUAGUAAAAGAUGAGGGCAGCUAGGGCUUCCGUUUCUCUGCUGGUGCCUGUUUUGGGGCUGCCGGUUUGUGACACUCACUGGACGGAGAGCUAUAGCAGCUUGGAUGACACGCUUUCAGCGGUGCUCCCUUCGGAUGGCUCCUCAGGCGAGCGGGAAGGCGAAGGCGUAUUCAGGUGCUAAAAAAUAGCUUAGAGUUUUCAGGUUCAGGAGGUAGUACUAAAAAUGCCUACAACUAAAAUUGCUUACAGUGAAGAUACAGGGCACAGCAAUCUUCAAUCUAUGAUUAGGGUACUACAAUUUUUAGCAUUGAUUGAGCAUUGUGGCUCAUGAUUAGACUCACUAUUACCCCUCCUACAUACUUCGCGCAUUAGUUGUGAUCAAUACUGUGUACCGAGCAUCCAGCAAGCAUGAAAUUGCUGUACUUGUGGUUUAAGGCAAUAGCAUGCACUCUUGAGAAAAAGUGCUUGGUCGUAGUAGAAAGAAACUACUUGUUCAUCAACUGAGAAUGAUCGAGUUUUGUUUACUUCAACGUCAUCAAGUGAUACUCAAAGCAAUGAUGGCACACACAUGCUUGUUUUUCCAUGCUGAUAAGAAGAAACAGAUCACAAUGUUCAAAACAAAGAAUUAGAGUUUAGCGAGGGGAUUGGGGAAAAUAUUCCUAGAGCCGUAACGUAGUUUCAGGAGAAAAUCUAGUGGGUGUUUGGUUCAACUUCCACUGGGGUAUCCAGAAGUACUAAGAUGUAGAUUUUUUAGAGUCAAAGUGCGACGUUUGAGGUUAUGCAUCAGGCAUCCUAGAAUUUUGUAAGAGUUGGGGACAUAGGAUGAAGUUUUUUAUUGAUUUGGUUCAUACGUAGACUGGAUAAUGAGUGGGUUUUGAGGAGAUUCAAUAGUGAUACCAACCUAAUCGGAGUAUAGAAUGUUAUGUUUGAUGACAUCUCUGGAUGUUUUGGUUGAUUUUUGAAGUGUGUGCAAAGGAGCUCGUCAGAAAUGAAUUUCAAUUAAAACAAGAUAUAAUCAGAAUUUCUUGGAUAUGACUUGAAAACUCCUCAAUUUCGUUUUCGAUUCAAGAUUGUUAUAAGAAUUUCUACAUUCAUACAACCUAGAAUAGUACAACAUCUAAAAGUUUCAUGAUUUAGAUCUUCUAACAUGAUGACCAUCAAACAAAACUCAACUUUAGAUGCUGACCAAGAAAUCUAGAAAAUCUAAAUCACAGCAAGAAGGAGUACGCCUGUGCAGCGUGCGUGAAAUUGGUGGUGGAUAGCAAGAGUUGCGACGUUAUUCCCUCGUCAAAAUGCUAUGCCUACGACGUCAUGGGGCAUUUUGGAACGAAGACAGUAGAAAAGGUAUUACACAACUCGAUUCUAAGAGCUGCUGCUUCUUCAUUAGUAUUCUCCACUCUGAAACCGAAAGUCUGCAUCCAUCUCAUGGGUUACGUUUAUCUGGAUUGAUUCUAAGUAUCAUGUUCUUUCCCUCUAAAUCUAAAUCUUUCCUUCGGCGAGACUACUAAAUCCAAAGAAUCUAAUAGUGAAAUCUAUAAAUAAUCUAAAUAGGGAAUCUAAAUAAUCUAAAUAUUUAAAUCUAAAUAAUCUAAAUCUCGGUUACUCACCUUCUUUUCCCAGGUAACAGGCGGCAAAUUGGGUACGACUACGAUUGAGGAUACUACGGACGAAAACUGGACAUACGCGCUGAGUGGGACAUUACGGCUUUUUCAUGGCCAACUCCCUUACUUGAAUAGACAAUGUUUGCUCAUAACCCGAAAAGGACUCCCUACGAAUAGACGGGGCCAAUACAGUGGCUAUGACUGAAGAGACGACUAUCCUCCAUUUAUAGAUUCCACGAUUACGUAUUUAGAUUGUAAAACUACCACAGGAUGAGGAGUCAUGCUUUCUCUAAGUACAUGUCAUUUCUCUUCUAAGUACGGCCUUACCGGAUGGAGCGGUCGAAUGCGCCCCUGUCCUCUACAAGGCUAUGAAUCCAGAUGCCACCCGACAGGUGAUUGAUGCUGCCUGCGCUUCCGGAAACGCACUCUGUGAUUAUGGUGGAAUUUUAGCUUCGAUGCGGAAGAAUUUCUGCUACUCUUGGAGAAUUUCUGCUACUCCCUUCUCUCCCUCCGCCUUGGAAAAUUUAUCCUUCUCCUCUGCUCUAGAAUGUCUCCUCCUCAUCUCCUCUAGAAUGUCUCCUUCUCUCAUCUCCUCUAGAAUGUCUCCUCCUCAUCUCCUCUACUAUGCCUCCUCCUCAUCCCUCCUCCUCCUCUAACCCCAAGACCAUCCGAAUAAGUUCCAGGAGUGCUGCGGAGGCAUGGUGCCGCCGGAUCAGCUGUGUGCCACUGGCAAAUUUUGCUGUGGCGAAGAGGGAAAGAUCACUUUCGGCAAGGACAAGAAGGAGGAGUGCGCAGCUGCCACGAACGCGGCAACAAACGUGUAG